AUGUCCUAUGCGACGACACCUACCAAAGGUCCAUCGACCGUUGAUUGCGCAGUCCUAACGGACAUUCAUACACAAUCAAAUUUAGCUGAAGUUGAAAUCGUUAGUCUUGUUCAAGAAUUAAUUCCACGUUAUCGUCUACGUGCUGAAACUGAUUUUGCUUGUUCAAACGAAGAUUUUAUACAAACACCACGUAUUGACGGUUCCGAAUUUGAAUCAUUAACAAAUCCACAAAUUCGUGCCCUAUUAGAUUAUUACGCUUCAUCUAGUAAUCGAAUAAGCCAAAUGACAAAAACGUAUCAUGAUAUAAGUGCUGUAACUCGCAUGCUUGAAGAUCGCGAAAAUGAUUUACAAAUGGCAGUUAGUUUAGGUCAUACAUUACUUGAAAGUAAUGAUACAUUACGUAAUCAAGUUUCAUUACUUGAAAAAGAUAUUGAACAAACAACUGAAAUAGUUAAACAAGUUAAACAUGAUUUACUUCUUAAAGAACGACUUCUUCGAUUCUAUACUGAUAUGGAUCUUGAUGCAACACCGUCAGAAUCAAAUCAAUUUGAUGGUCAUCAUUAUGAACAAAAGAUUCGUAAUCUUGAAUAUGAAAAUCAAGAAUUAAGAGCUGAAAGUAUGCAAUUAAAACUUGAGACAGAAAAUUAUGAACAUCAAGAACAAGCAAUAGUUGAUCAUUUUGCUCAUGCUUUAGCCAAUGCAAAUUCAGAUAUUGAAAUCUUGCAAGAUGAAAUUAUAAAAAAAAAUGAAGAAAAUGUUAAACAACAAGAUGAAAUCAUACGUUUGUCAUAUGAAAUGCGUGAAAUUCAUCGUCGUUUAACAGAAUUAAAAAAAGAAAAUGAAGAAUUAAAAGUUCUUUUAUCAUUAACUGGAAAGAAUCGUCAUGCAUACGAAACAAAAAUUGAAGAUUUACAAAAAAAUUAUAGCGAAUGUUUAUCAAAACUUCAGAAAUCUCAACAAGAAAUAAAUUUUUUACAGAAAAAUUUUCUUCAAACUUCUCCUUCAUCUCCAAUGUCUGAUAUGAAUACAAAUCGUCAUACUGUUUUCUUAUCUCCGACUGAAUACGCAAAUUUUAUGAGUCUGGAAAAUUCACUUAAAUCAGAACUUGAAGAAGUUCUUGAAGAUCCAAAUCAACUUUGUCAUUCAAUAAUAACAACAAAUAAAAAAUCAUCUCGUUCUCGACGUCUUAAACGAGGUCAAAGUGAUACAGAUGGAGAAUCAUCAAUGAAUGAUUCAGCAUUUAGUGAUACUGAGAGUUUAAGCAGUGCUUCAUCAUGUCGUUUUUGCCAGCGAUCUUCACCUAUUCCCAUAGAUGAAACAAAAUCAAUAUCAUCAACAAAUGAACGAAGAUUACCUUCGGCCAUUUCAUCUCGAUUGAGACUUGUAAAACGAUUAGAAGGAUCGAAUAUGUUAAAACGAUGGCAACAAUUAGCUGAACCAAGUUUUUCUUCAUGUCUUCAAUCAAUACCCGGUGUUUAUACACGUGCUGAAAUUUUACAUGAAGUGAACGAAGAUAAUGAAGAUAACUUUAUAACACCACAAAAUGAUUCCGAAGAAAGAUUAUCAUUUAGUCUUGAAAGACAUUCACCUGAAAUGCCACACUAUUCUGAUACAACAACACGUCGAAUGAAUCUUGUUGAAUUAUUAACAAAAGAAGGUUUAACUGCACGUACACUUGACUCUUCGGAAUCAUUUUCAGAAUUUGAAAAAGCAUUUCUAACCUGUUCACUACCAAAUCGUUUUCCUAAAUCUACAACGACAACUAUACCUGAUCCCGAUGAAACUGAUGAUGAAGAUGAUAAUGAACCAACAACUCCACCAUCAUCUCCAACACAUGGUGCUCAAUUACAAACAAGUGCUCUUCUUCAUCAAGCAAUGCAACGUCUAGUUAAAUUAUCGUUACAAACAUUUGAAACACUUGCAACAUCUUUUACUCCAUCAAAUGAUCACAAUGAAGGUCAACAACGAUUACAUCCAAUAACGACAAUAACACCACCAUCAUCACCAACAUUCGAUGGACUCGUAGCCCCAACACCGAAUACUGCAAUGCAUGCAAUAAAAACGAGUACUUUUUUACGUGCAUCAUCCUUGAAUCCAUUUACAAACCGAUCUAUUCGUAGUGCAUUUUCUACAAUUUCACCUGGCGAAAAAACAUCGCUUGUCGAUGAUCUUAUUCGAGGUCGUCUUCCACGAAUAUAA